AUGAACAAAUUUCUAAUAGCGUUUGGCUUAAUGAUUCUUCUUGUGACAGUUCCUUCUACGUCACAAACAAAUGAAGGAGAGAAUGAUGAUGAUUAUACCGAAGGUGAUUAUGAUGAUUAUGGUGGCGAAGACUAUGAUGACGGUGAUGAAGAUGGUAAUGAAGGCAAUGACGACAACGAAAACUAUGAUGACGGUGAUAAUGAUGAAGGUAGUGAUGAAGGCGAUGAUGACAGCGAAGAUUACGAUUACAGUGAAUCAAAUGAAAAUGAUAAUGAAGGCAAUGAUGAUAACGAAAACUAUAAUGACGGUGAUAAAGGUAAAGAUAGUGAUGAAGGCGAUGAUGAUAGCGAAGAUUAUGAUUACAGUGAAUCAAAUGAAAAUGAUAAUGAAGGCAAUGAUGAUAACGAAAACUAUAAUGACGGUGAUAAAGGUAAAGAUAGUGAUGAAGGC